GGUUCCGUCUGUUUUCACUAGUAACAUUGUGUCUCGGCGAGAAGCAACAUACUCUGUUUUUACUUAAUCUCUGUGUAAACCGGCCCUUGUUGUGUAUCAUAAUAUUAAGUGAGCUAAACUUGUUUUCGGAAGAUCGAUUGGAAUGAAAGCACAUAAGUAGAGAGAGCGUGUGUAAAAUUCCGCCAAUUUGUUUGCUUGUGUUAUCUUUCCACCACCUACACCUACAAUCCAUCCAUCUAUACACAUACACCUCUCACUCUUCCGGGCGCGCGACGGAACAACUUCUCGCUGAAGAAGGUAGACAGGAAAGAUGCACUCGAUCUUCGGCGAACACCAGAACGCCUAUUACAGACAUGCGACGGCAGGAGGUGGAUAUGCAGCAGCUGCAGCUGCAGCCGCCUCUGCAGCAACCCCAAAUCCGUAUGCCUACGAACAGUACUCUAGGUACGGAUACGCAGCCUGGCCUCAUCAACAGCACCAGCUGUCAGCAGCUAAAGACAUGGUGAAGCCUCCGUACUCGUACAUAGCGUUAAUCGCGAUGGCCAUCCAGAACGCUCAGGACAAGAAGAUCACGUUGAACGGCAUCUACCAGUUCAUCAUGGAGCGAUUCCCGUACUACAGGGAGAACAAGCAAGGCUGGCAGAACUCGAUCAGGCAUAAUCUCAGUUUGAACGAGUGCUUCGUGAAGGUGCCCAGGGACGAUAAGAAACCGGGCAAGGGUAGUUACUGGACUCUCGACCCGGACAGCUACAACAUGUUCGACAAUGGAUCUUACUUGAGGAGGCGGAGGAGGUUCAAGAAGAAGGACGCUCUGAGGGAGAAGGAGGAAGCGAUCAAGAGGCAGGUGGUGCAGGGAUCAGAUCAGACACUGAUCAAAAGGGACUCUUCGGAUAAAUUGGAAGAUAGCAAGGCAAAGCUCGAUCUGAAGCCGAAGCGUGAGCCGAGCGAGGUUCUGAGCCAGUGCAUGAGCAAGUACCAUCAGCAUCAUCAUCACAAUCACAAUCAGCAGGAUAGCAAGUCGGUGAUCGUUCAUCAGGAUCACCAUGUUCUCGGCGACGUCGCCGCUUCUCUUCAGGCGAUGGACACCUCUGCCGCCUUCAGCGUGGACAGUUUGAUGACUGCAUCGAGGGGUGGAGGAGAGCAACCCCAUCAUCACAGCUACUCACCGAGAUUGCACUCCUCCGGCGGCAUGUAUUCCUACUGCCCCAGCGCCGCCACCCCGCAGCAAUACAUCACCGCCUCCGCCGAGGAGGGCACACCUAGGUACAGCCCCUGGUACAGUCCGGAAACGUCCCCCGAGUCCGGAUACAGGGAGAACAUCUUCGAGACGGCCCCACCGCCACCAAGCUGUCAACUCUCCGGAGGAUUUCGCCACGCCAUCCCUCCAUCACCGCCAAACUACAGACCACCCGCCGCCUACUACCAGCAGGACUGCAUCGCCCAGAAAUAUUGAUGAGAAAGAAUACUCAAAUCCAAAAGUGAUCUACGAUGGACGCGAUGAUCAAGACUGACGUGCAGAAUAUCCCACAUUAUCUAUAUCUUCUCUCAAUCUCUUUCAUCGUCUAUCAAUUAACUAUCUUCUCUCUUUCUCAUC